GGUUUCAACAUAACUGCGGAUUCAGGUUUAUCCAUGGCGACCGAACCAAAAGCUGCCACCGACGACGUCAAGAUCGAUCUCUUCGAAGACGAUGAUGAAUUUGAAGAGAUUCUUUGCAAGAUGAAUGGUACUCUGACUAUCGCUAUAAAGAAUGUGGUCACACUGCUUCUUGCCUAG